AUGCCGAAACGGAACGCCAACACCAGAUUGUCACUGGCACAGAGCCGAAGCCGCAGUUCAAACAAAGCGACCAAGCAAAGAAGGCCAGAUAACAAUCCGAGCACUGUUGCCGCUGUCAAAGAGCGUGAUCCAAUCGGAUCCCGACAUCAAACCAAGACUCGAUUCAAGCACCACCGGAAAGUCGGCUCCGCCAGUACACCUCAAACAGUCGGUGCGAAUAACACGAAUGGUCCAAGUUUGGUUGUGGACUCAAGUGAUAUUAAACCAGGCCAAUUAGCGUGUGAGACUCCUUUUUGGACCAAUAGUAGCUUAGAUCCAGAAACGGAUUUAAACGAUCGAGAGAUUAGAGAAAUUGAAAAUAAUUAUAGAGCUAAUUGUGAUACUACGAUUGCACAGAUUAAGUCGUUCUCGCCUGAAACACACUCUCAUAAUAUUAAAAUUAUUGCUAGUAACCAGAGGCCUGCUGAGCCCCAAAAUAGUGCAAAUAGCGCCGAAAAAAUUUCCUCGCUCUUCUGUCCCAAUCAAGUAUUUGAAUAUCGAUAUCAAACAAAAGAACCUGAACCUGCAUCUUUGUUAUUUGCAGAGGACAGUACUAAUAUUGGUCCUGUUGGCCAAAAUAAUAUUUACAGUCUGAGCCAGAGUAAAAUUAAUAUCGAACACAGUAGUUAUUGUAUCGACAUAGCAAAAAUUCCGGCUCUCAAAGAGGACGGGAUUCAAUUGUUCGAGCAUCUACCAGGUAGUUACGAAAAGAGUGCAACCAACGCGCCUCAAGGUAUUCAGACCACGCAAUCGCUUAGAGGUCGGAGUAUUAAGUCGAAUUGUGGGAGACGCAAAUCGAAGAAACAGGCCAAGGAAUCCGUGAGUGGGAAUUUGCUAGUAGAACAGGCAUCUGCUCUUUCCAUCGUGAGCAAAGACAUCUCAAGAGACGAACAAGCUAAAAUCCAGUCAAAAAAGGCAUCGAACAACAAGGAAGCAGCAAUUACAGGAAGUAGCUCAUUUUAUUAUCAGGAUUAUCUACCGGAUUUGAAAGAACAGACAAAGGGUUCGACAAAUUCCACAGCUUCAAAUAGUAAUUAUUCUUAUAAUUACACAGCGAAAGAUAGUAAGCAAGAAAUGCAGCUUCCACAUUUUGCUGCGAAUUCUAGCUCGACAUCCUUUUCCAGAGGACAAGAUUCAAUUUCAACUGUUGCGGCUGGGCUGAAUAAUAAUACCCCUUUUCCAUUGAGCGUGGAGUGGACUAAUCACCUGUACGUGGCUCAUCUGCUCGCCGGAAUGUCAUCGGCACAAUUAGCUCAAAAGGCGUCAACGUCGGCAUUCAUUCAGCAACCACAGGAAUUUCGAUAUAUGCCAACAGCUAGUACUGUUCCCAGCUUGAUGUAUAACAGCAACGUGUUCUUCAACACUGCUCAAAACUCCUUCCAUCCAUUGACUGAAAAUAGCGCGAAUUUGAAUUCGAAUUUUCUUCAAGCAUUCAACGCUACAGCAGCUCAUAGAACGACCGUGGAAUCAACAGCGUCAACUGGAUCGAACUCUCCUUUGGAUCAGUUGAACAACUGCUUUGGACCAGUGGAUACAUUGUGCAAUAACAGUAGCGACUCAGGGGCUUCCAACUCUGAUAAAGAGAACAACUUGAUCAACGUGGCCAAAAUGGACAGCAGCUACUUCUCACUCUCUACGGACGAGUACUCGAAUCAGUCCAGUUCAACUGGAGCCGCUUCUAGCUCAGGAGCAUCAAACACGCAGAUGGACGAGAACCAUAGCGGGGACCAGGAGUGUGAUUGCGACAAAGACAGUCUCCUGGCAUGUACUGAGAACUCAAAUUCAAAUGACGUGAACAGCUUCUAUGAUGCUAGUGAUGACGCAAGCAGCCAAAUGACUGAUGUGUCGACGGAGAUCGACCAGGAAAAUGAGCCUCCGAGGAUGCAAACUGACAAUGAAGCCGCGCUUAGUGCUAGUUCCAUAUUCCAGAUUCCCGCUCUGAUGCUAGCUGCUCAGAAAUCACACGAGUAUAAGGAUAUGGUCGCUGCUCAAGAAACAUCCGGUGAGCUGACUACGAGUUGUCCUGCAGUUGUUACUGACAAGUUUUUGCCCCUGGACAGGUACCCAAUUCGGGAUUCAGGAAGUGCAAUUGUUGCUCAAUAUUUGGCAAAUCAGGGAAAACCGAGAACGGCGUCGCAAGCUUACACACCGGAAGCACAUUUAAGCUACGCAUCUCAAGUCGGCAAUCAAAAUAAUUCAAAACAGUGUCAAAAACCUGCUUUGACACCCGACACGUUUGCUGCUACAAGACAAAUUAUUGCAGAUACUCCAAUUACACCAACUGCCGAUUCGAAGUUUGGACAAGAUUUGAAUGAAAAUUGCGUAGGUGCUCUGAGGUGCCCGAUGCCUGAGCUCGGCUGGGGAGAUAGUAGAGUCUGCUGGGAAGAUAUGAUUGCGGAUGAUGACGUAACACACCGACAGAAUAGGAAUGCUCUUGAGAAUCACACUAAAAUCACUGCUCAACACAGAGCAGUAGUACUCGAAUGGUUAUCGGAGGUGUCUCAAUCUUACCAUUUGCGAAAGGAUACCUUCUACUUGGCUGCCAAUUUCUUCGACCGGUUUCUAUCUUUGACCAAAGGAAUAGGAGCCGACAAGUUGCAACUCCUCGGGACCACUGCUCUCUUUACUGCGUCCAAAAUUGAGGAAAUAUAUCCUCCGCCCACAAAAGAGUUCGCCAAUGUGACUGACGGUGCUUGCGAUACUCUCGAAAUAAUUGAGACCGAAGUUUGCCUAGUCCAACAUCUUAGAUGGAAAUUGACUCCAAUGACGUCGCUGCAAUGGCUUCUCCUGUUUUUGCAAAUCAAAAACGCCAAGUACAGUCCAGGGGCUACUGCUGAUAUAAUCAGAUCCUUUUCUGUAGGCGAGAGAACCUCUUCGAACAACCUGCUCAUACAUUCAACUUUUGACCCAAUGCUAUUCUACAGAACGUCUAUGCUACUGGACUUGUGCACGCUGGCAUAUGAAUCGGUGCAAUACGCUCCCAGAAUUUUGGCGGCGGCUACUCUGUUAGCUUUCGACGCGUCUUUCAAACAACUUUUCACAUGUUUGGACCAAGAAGAAUUGAAGAGAUGUUAUACCUGGGCAAGACCCUUUGCAAUUGUGGCAAAGGAUUUGUUUAGUAAAGAAGCAGAAUUCGUCAUAAGCGAGGACAAGUUUAGAUCCAACACGAUGAUUCAUUUACAUACUGCGAAUAUGAGUGCGCUCAAACAGGCAGAAGCGUUACAAGCAACUUUGUCUCCUCGGAAACUGAAGGCAAACGCCAACCUCUUUGCUGUCCCCUCCAGUCAGUCAUCAUCUGGAGGCGAUUUGAGGGUAAAAACCUCUCAACUAGAUGAUGAUGAGGACUGCUCAUUCUUCUCAAUUAACCCAGCCGACCAGGUAAACAUGGUGCUAAUAUCUCCGCCUUACGAUGAGUAAGUUGCUAAAAGAGGACAGAUGAGCCUAUGGUAUCUUUCUUGCCUUGUGACAUUAGAUCGCAAUAAUCUUCAAAACUCUAAAUUUUAUAAUAUAAGCCUAUUUUGUGCUACCUGAAGUGCUCUUCAUAGUGUUAAUCUUGUGCUGAAUUCUGUCAAAUGUUUGAUUUAUUGGUUUGUAACAGAUAUCUAUUUUUAUGUGUCCCUACCCACCCCCAAUAUUUGGUUUAAAAUCUUAGAAUAACAGCAUACUUUUCAAUCAAUUUGAGCCAGAUUACAAGUGCUAAAUCAAGUGCUAAUUUUAUCUCGUGCAAUUGUUACGAUGCAUUGUCUAACCUAACAUUAAAAAGAUACUAUUUUAAUUAGUCUAUCUGUAAGCUAUCUGUAAGCUGUCAAAAUUUCAGGAUUAGACCAUUUAUAAACCCUCUCUAGGUGACUUGCUUUGUUAAAUAGUUGACUAGUACCAUUGCACAAAUAUAAUUAAAAACCAAGUAGAAAUGACUUAAUUUUGAACGGGCUGUUACUGCAAAUUGCAACCUUUCCGCAUUUUAACUCAGUUUGUGUUUUAAGUUCUGGUUGAACGUUUGGUGCUAAAUAUGCGGUUAUGUUUGUUUCUAUCGUUUCCCUUCUAGUGAAAGUUUCAAUUAAUAACAAAACAAAAUGUCAAUAUUUGAUCAGUUAAUAAAUUCUCAAUUUAAUGUUUCUGUAUUUUUCGUGUUUCUGACUUCAAUUUAAAACUUGGAAAAACUAGAACUUGUGUUUGAGAAAAUUAGACUGAAUCGGGAACUGGACAUUUUCGAUUAAACAGUCUUAUAACACCUCU